CUCUAUUCAGCUAACUACAGGAAAGGUCCUCACCGGCCCUUUUCGCACAUGCACAAGGCCCGAGAAAGCUCUCCCACUCUACCGCGAUCAUGUCACACUCGAUAGAGAGGCUGGCGAGUGAGUAUGAAGCUAUUACGCGCUCAUAGCACUCACACGCUAACGCACAAAUCUCCUUCUCUGCAUGGGCUCUCUCUGCUCCUCAUCUGACGCCUCCUCCUGCGUGAGUGGUGUGUUUGUUGCUGAGGUAGUUGACCGCCUCCUUGAGACAGUCGCCGCCACGCCUCGUGUGGCCCUCCGCUACAGACAGGUCGCCCACAGUCAGCGAGGCAUCGUUGCCAGCUACCUGAAGCAACACAAGCUGGAUGGAUGAAGCACGGAACACACCCACGCAUGUACCACCUACUUGUGAUUCUAGUGUCUGGAUGAGCGCCCUGAUGCGAUCCAUCUCCUGCCGAAACCGACGCAGGCCCUCAUCGCGAGCCGCCUUCUGACCACACACAGGCAGCCGAGACAGACAUCCCACAUCUAACUCCAUUGAAUGGACGACCUUUGCUCUUUCGGCUGCCUGUUUGGCUGCCUCCUCUUCUUCCUGCGAGACACACACACAAUGACAGACGACCGGCGUAUGGUUAAUGCUCGACACUUUACCAAUGCCUUCUCAAUUGCGGCGAUUUCCUUCUUGUGAUCCUCGACGAUUCGCAUCCGCUCCGUCUCACUCACAUCACUGCCGCCGCCGCCGUUCGGACCUCCCCCUGUCGCCACUCCCUGGCCUGCAGACACAGGCACAUCAGCCAACACGAGUUGAACGCACUACUCUUCUCUGUGUAUGUACCUCCCAGCAGCGCCUUGAGUCGCUCGUUCUCCUUCUUGAGCAGAUUGAACAACUUCUCCUGCACUCACAGAUGCAUCAGGAGGCGAAACAACAUACGGGCGGUCUGUCUCUCUGUUUUCGUCUCACCGUGGGGUCUUCGUCGAUCUCGGCGUGAUUCUUGAUCUUCUUGGCGCGAUCUAAAACAUCAAGUGGAGACUUCACGCAAAUCACGCUCGCGUGUGCUGUUGUCAGUGUUUGCCGGCGCAUUGUAGUGUCGACAGUGUCUCUUCGUAGUUAGACGAAGCGGGCGACACGGCGCAUAUCAUGAUGGUCUUCGAUGAGCCUCCGAGGGCAUUCUGAAGCAUUUAGCACAGGAGUGGCGCUCGUGUGAGUGCCUGACGACUGGACAUCUCCACCUGCAGCAGUCGGGUGAGUUUUGAGUCUCGGUAGGGGAUGAGCUGGCCCUUCUUCAACUUGCCUGAACGUCCGCAGGAAAAUGUGUACCUGUAUGUCUGUCUGUUACCGUCCCACACACCUGAGGCCUUGUCUGCGAGUGCCGAUAUGACGUUUCUCAACGCAGACAUCGACUUGUUGAUUUGCUCGUCCUUUUCGGAGCCGGCGGGAUCGACCAGUGUGAUGACUGAGGGCUUGCGGCCCUCCUUGCCCGCAUACGUAGUCACCUACCACACACAUCGCGCACAGACAGGUAGAUUGUCCUGUGUCACAUACAGAUCAUCCAUCCCUACUUGUGUGAGUUCGAUGAUAAGCACUGUGUUUGCACGGGAGCUCGUCCUAGCACAGAAGACAGGCCGAACGACAGGCACAAGUAAGCGCAAGCAAUCAAUGGCAUCUUUCCAUUAGCGUGUGAAGACCGACGCGUUCAUGUGGGUGGAGGCGAUGGUGCGGUUCGCCAUCCCCUCGUCGACAAGGUCUUCAAUAGCCUCGUAGCUGUUGACAGCCCGCUUGGUCAGGUCCUGCACAUAGAUGCCCAGCUGCUUCGACUCGCGAACCUCCAGACCACCCUGACAGAGGCACCACAGCACACAGCACCACAUGGCAGAGACAGGGACCUGGUUGGUUCUCAUCGAUCCCACCUUUGUUCGCUGGUUUGGGUGGAUAAGAAGGUCCUGGAUCUUCUCAUUGUAGAUCUCCAGCAUACCGAUCUGCACACUCGGACCCAUGCAUGCACACAUACACACGGGUUGAGCGAGCGGCUCCUGUCAGUCAAGCUCAGUCAGCUGUUGCUUACCGUCACUUCGAAGUGUUUCGCUGGGUCGUGGUUCUCCCCGAUGCGGCGGAAGAUGUCCUCACACGUGGUGGGUAUGAUGCCCUUGUUGGGGCCGAAGCCAACCAUAGAGUACGACUUGCCCGCGCCCGUCUGCCCGUACGCAAACAGACAGCAGUGAUACCCUGUCCACGCGUUGUUCUGAGAAAGAAGCAGACACAGACAGGACAGACAGACAGACAGACAGACAGACCAGCCAGUUGUCUUGAUCUUGCUGCAUGGAUGCCCAAAACUUGCUGGCUGUCUGGUGUCUGGCCGACUGACCGGUACUUCCACGCCCAGGCAGUCAAAGAUUUUCUUCUGGUCGGCAUAAGGGCUGUUCCCAUCCUCAGGGGUCAGCAGCCCCUCGUCGUUCACGGAGAACCUGCACACAUGACAGUCUGCACCGUAUGCGAAGGCACGUCAGUGUGCAGCUCCGCUGCCUACUUACCCAUCAUGCGACCAGAAUGAGUAGUCGAAUGUGAAUGUCCCCUCUCCUGUCCCACCGUCGACAUCAUUAAUUGUCGUCGUUGGUCCAGCCUACACAACACAAGACAACACAUCCACGGUGGGGCAGGCAAGCCAGCUCCCGUGAGCGACCGUCUCUCCCUAUACCAUGGCUAUGCAGCAGACGGCAUCGAGGCCCUUUUCUCUCUGGUUGAAGGGCCGCACCCUCACGGCCACCCUGACUGCCGAGUCACUCAUGAUGUUAUGUUGUCAACCAAGACAAAUCGCUCAACAAACGGGCCAACCUGGAGACACACGGGAUUGGUGCAUCAGCCGAGGGCGGGGGACAAGAGAACACGCGGUAGACAGGAGAUGGACGAGUGGGCCUCUGCGCACCUUUGGCAGCGUAUAGGAGAGGCGAACACAGAGCGCAACAGGGCGGAGACUACCCCCACCGGACGGGGACGCGAAGGGUAGAAACAACCGUGCUUCACUUCGAAGGGCUGUGGGAAGAGAAAAGAGCUGGGGCAGGACCGGCCGUGGACGGGAUCCUGUCGUCCUUUCGGAGGGGGAGAAGGGCAACCGCUCCAGAGUUUGGGGCUCGAGAGUUUGGCGCGGUUUCCGCUCAGUCUAAGCCACAGCUGGCUCUCGAUGAGACCUCCGAAACGCCCAUGGAUGGCGCACGCUCCAUUGAGCCCGCUGCUGCUU